UCCUUCUUCAUCAUCAUCUUCAUCAUCAUCAUCAUCAUCCUUUCUCUCUCUCUACAACUUCUUCCCCCAUCUGGGUUUUCAUCUUCAACCAUGAAGCUCAUCAAAAUUAGCUCCAAAGAUCUCAGUCCGAAACGCCUCUUCCGGUCCAAGAAGGACCGGUCCUCCGUGUCCCGCUCCGAUCCGCCGUCUUUCGGUUCCGGAACGGAUUCUUCCUCCUCCUCUUCCUCAGACUCAAUUCACAAGCCCGGGGCCGGAGCCGGCGGUAUCGCCACGCCCACCAGCGUUUUGCCCGAAAAAUCGGGUGACUGGUCCGAUUUUUCGGCUGAUCUCGACAUGGCCCAAGCGUUUAAGCUUAUAGACCGGGACAACGACGGAGUGGUGUCGAGGAAAGAACUCGAGGCGCUUCUGAGCCGGCUCGGGAACGACCCGCCGAGUCAAGAGGAGGUGACGUUGAUGCUGAGCGAGGUGGACCGAGACGGCAACGGUUCGAUAACCCUUGAGGCUUUAUUGAACCAGGUCGGACCGGUGUCCGGUCCAGCUGCCGACUCGGAGCUUCGGGAUGCGUUUGAAGUAUUUGACACGGAUAACGACGGCAAAAUAUCGGCGGAGGAACUUUUGAGGGUUUUCACGGCUAUCGGGGACGAACGGUGCACGUUAGAGGAGUGCCGGCGUAUGAUAGACGGCGUAGAUAAGGACGGGGAUGGGUUCGUGUGCUUUGAGGAGUUUGUUCAUAUGAUGGAACUGCAGAGAUGAUGAUGAUCAUGUUGCUUCUGACGUUUAGCGAGUCAUAAAAGUCGUGAUUUUCUUUUUCUUUUUUUUUUAAUGAUAAUGGAUGUAUGGUAUUUAAGGGUGUCUAAAAAAUAUUGAAAUGAUCAGAGGAUCUGACGCCUUGGAUUUAUUCAGUCUCAAACUACAUUUGUUCUACGCCCA